CCCGUGUUUUGUUGAUCGGAGCCACGCAAACUAGACUAGACUAGACGGAUCAUCUUGUUCCUGGAGGUGGAACAUGAAGCAUCCCGUUUGGCUUGGCGUUAAACUCCCUUAAUUUUUCCAUAAAAUCACUCGCUGCUCUCUCACUGCACUUUACUAUGGAAACUACGUCAGUUCUCCUUCACUCUAAAACAAUUCCUUUCAGUUUCUCCAUCUCUCAUAACAACGGCAGAAAACUCUCUCUCAGGCAUUCCAACAAACAGUUUCAAUCCCGUUUGUCAAAUAACAAUUUCCUCUUUAGUCAAAGCCUUAAACCCAUCAAAAACCAAGCAGAACUUCCUCUUUCACUAUAUCAAUCAACUUCAUCACUGAAAAUUACAAGAACACACUUGUUAUCUCCUCCCAAAUGCUCACAUUCCGGCUCUGCAAGCACGGACGGUUCUCAAAACCACCCAUUUUUAAAACCCUUCAAAAACCUCUCUCUUGAUGAACUGAAAGCGACCCUUUUGCAAUUAACCCCUAUUGAUAUCAUCAAGUGGUCAGGUAUCUUAUCAAUUGCAAUUGCAGCCACAAAAUGGACUGUGAAUUUGGUCUUGAACCCGUUUUUCUGGAUGUAUUUUAGCUGGACAUGGUUGUUUUGGCCGUGGUUUGUGGCUAUAUUACUUGCUGUUUAUGGGUUAUAUUGCUUUUAUAAGCAUUCAAUAGGCGAAGCUAGCAUUUUUGAGCAAUUUGCAAUUGUUACAUCAGUGUUCACUUGGUUAACUUUAGUCCCUCCUGCCCAUUUCAAUGGAUACCUACAAGGAUGGCCUUUUGUGUUCUUUUUUGUAUAUCAUUAUUUCUUUUUCUUCAAUGUAAGUGUGAGGAAACGUUUGUAUGGUGAUUAUUAUGCACGCCCGCAUGACCCCAAGUGGGAUUUACACCCACCCAGAUGGUCUCGCCUUUUGUUCUGCGUUGGGGUCAUGGUUGGGCACUGGCUUGCAGCUUUUGAAGGUCCAGAGCUGCACCUCAUUCCUGGUGGGUGGAGCAAUGUGGGGAUUUGGAUUUUGAUAUUGGCAACUUUGCUAAUGCAGUAUAAUUCUACAUUUUACCUUGCCAAGUAUUCGGAGAAGGUGGUGGUGCCUAUUGCUGUUGUGCAAUUUGGGCCAUAUAGGUGGGUCAGGCACCCGAUCUAUUCAUCCACAAUGCUUCUCUUUGCGACUUAUUUCCUUGCGCUUCGUGCACCUUUGAGCCUGUUGUUUGUGGUAGCGGUAUGUUUGAUGUAUUAUGCACAGAAGGCAAAAAUGGAGGAGGAUCUAAUGAUUGAGACUUUCGGGGAGAAGUAUCUAGAGUACAUGGGUAAAGUUCGGUACAAGUUCAUUCCUUUGGUUUAUUAAGACAGCAUCCAGGUGGUGCCUUCUUGAUGCUCAUUGCUAAUAGUGAACUUGACAGUAAUCUGUUUGUUGAGUUUCAGAGGGGAAUUAUAAAGUGCUCUCUAAGUUCAUUAUGCAUAUUAAGUUGCACAUUCUGAAGAAUGUUAGAGAGAUUCACUUCAGCUAGAAGAUACUGAAAUGAAAAUGCUGGGAAUAGUUUAUCCUGCAACAGUAAAAACACCUGAUAUCCUGGUCGAUAAUGAUAGUAUUCAAGUCCCCUGAUGAUUUCAAGGAAAGAGCUAAAACGAAAAUACACAUGAAUUGAGCAACAAGACAACAAUAAUCUUAUGAUUCUAUCGAUGAGAACUACAAUCAGCCCUAUCAGUGACAAGACUAGACUGAUUGGUUGUCAUAAGUAAGAGUUUCAUUCUUGAUCAUUGAGGAGCCAUCCAUCUUAAGUUCAUUUAUAAGCAAUCUGAUGAUGCAACAAUGUUGCUGUUAGACAAAUAUUUGUUCAAUUUGAAGACCUUAGAUGAAGUAAUUGUUCAUCAAAAUAGAGGCUUUUAAAGUCUAGAAACAAGUUCAGGUUUCUAGUUUUCUAAUCUGGGUGCUUGCUUUACAAUUUAUCGAGGGAUUUUGUUGGUUGUGGCAAGAUGGUACUUUCUGCAACAGGGGCCUGUUCUCUGCAACUUUCCCGGUUGGGACUUUUUAGAGCAUACUACACAACCUUUUUGGUCAUUAGAUUUAGUGAGCAAUACUGAGAAUUUCAGCUUAAAAUUCUAUCCAAUUAUUGAUAAAUCAUUCAUUGACUAUUCAGAUCCAUCCCAAACCCUAAGUAAAAUCUUAAAAUUUCUAUAUUUUCAAAGCUGUCUUAUUUUUUUUGAUAAAUAUAUUUCAAAGCUGUCCAAUAUGAGCGACUGAGCACAAAUAUGUGGCAUUUUGAAUGCUUUACUCUUAUAUAGACUGCAGAUUUUGCUUGGUCUAGAUUUGUAAAGUUACGCAGUCAAAUUGUAAAUGAAAUGCGUUCUGCAAUCCUAUUUAUUGAUGCUUUAAUCUUCUCAGUUUAUUUUUCAUUCAUCCUUUCUAGAGCAUGACACAGAUGAUGUGAUUCCAUGUGUGAUCUAUAUACCACUAUCAGGUAUUUUUUUUUCGUUACCGAGCGCAUGUUGCUAGGAAAUACAAGUGUUGUUGAAUAUACUUCUUGUCUGUCACUCUCUGCUUGGAGUUUAGUUCCUUAAUUUUCUCUGACAAAACUUUAUUAGGACAAAUGCGCUUCAUCCUUUUCAUCUUGAGUAUUCAUCUAGCUUUGAAAGGACAAAAAUUCUAUGAACCAUUUGUAAUGUAUCGCCACUUAAAUUUAAUCCUAGUACCAACUCUAACCUCAUAAUUCCUUGAUGACUUGAGAUGAAGUGCACUUGAUUAUAGCGCAAAGUAGUUGGUUGCAGGGCUUUCCUCUUCAAUAUAGUUAGUUUUUUUUAAUAAAAGUAGAGAACUUCAAUAUAGUUAGUUAAUGGUUAUUGAAGACUUGUAUUUGGAUGGGACUUAGCAGUUUAUGCUCUCUGUAGAGAGGAUCGAUUCUUCUAGUUUGUUUUGUAGUUGCCUCGUUAACUUUGUAAUAGAAACAUUUAUAUCUAAUCCAACAAGGAAGACAUGGUGUCAAAAGACCUUUGAUGUCUGCAACAUAGUGAAGCAAGAUUAAUGCAGUAUAGGCGGAUCCUCAUCUCUUUCAUGAUCAACCAUUCUGCUGGAACUGUGAUGCGACUUACUGAAGCUGUUGUGUUGUGACAUAGAAUGCAUUCUUUUACAAUCCUGCGUCUCAGCCUUUCAGGGAAGCUGACCCAAUAAUCGAUUGUUCUGUAGCGUAACACUUUAAGGUUCAAUCCUAGAAGAAGAAAAUCUGGGCCUUGUGGAAGCCACCUCACAUGCACAUGACAGCCAGCUCAUCAAGAUGUGAAAUAUAUCAGCUCAUGCAUGCUUUGCAAUCGCCCCACCUUGUCAGCAUGCAGUUGAAAACCUCCAAGUUCUAUCAAGAAAAAUCACUUGAAAAUACGCAUGUACUUUUCUUCUGAUGGCAAUUUCGCACGAUCACUUUCUUUGAUGUCCCUUCAUGUUCUUCCAUUUUCAUGCACUUCGAUAAUGUGAUCCUCUUCUGGCUUCCGAUACCUGUCGAGCUUUACAUGCGGGGAUGUCCAGAUUUCCUCACUUGUGGCUAUCGCCAUUUGAUCUCUUCCAAGUGUAUGAUGUGAAGGCAAGCUGGGAUGACUUUUCUAUGUGUUCUGCGAACGUGUUGCUUGAAAGUUUACCAAUUUCCGUCACAGUUAUGUAUAAUUUAAGUAUUUGUUCUAGCGGGUUCCUACAAUUUGUCAUUUUUAAUCUUGUGAUGGAUCGUGAUGUAUGAGAAGGGACUGGUUUUUACUUCU